AUGUUGAAGCUAUAUGUCAAAGUGUUUCAUAGCGCACCCUACAAACUAUCUCGAACUCUACAAACACACAAGGACAAACCACCAGCACAAAGCCAACCAGGAGUUUAUCGGAUCCCGUGCGAAUGUGGGAAGGUUUACAUUGGUGAAACAGGACGAGAUCUCCGCACUAGGCUCAAGGAACACCAAGGCCGUGCCAGGAGAGGGGAACAAGAAAAAUCUUCUAUAGUCAUGCAUUCCCAGUCAACAACACCGUGUACAUUGGGACAAAUCCGAACUACUGUAAUAGCCACUGUACCAUCUUGGCACUCCAGAAGGACUAGAGAAGCCACCAAAAUUCACAAACACAAUACUGUACAUCAAGACAUCGGAUUUGUCAUUAGCGAUAUUUGGCUGUCCAUGUUUAAUCGGACCUAG